AUGUCCUCCAAAGCCACCCACAUCCUAUCCUCUACAACCCAACGCUGUCGCAAAGUCCUGGACGCAAACCUCAACGAUUUCGUCUCGCAACUCUCGGAGCCGGAGAAGGAGCUCAUCGACCGCAUCUCGGAGGAGGAUGCAGCGGCAAUGUUCAGCGUCUGGCAAUCAGAGCAAAUCACUCGCUUCGCCACCCUCUGGAAGGAGGAGUUCAUGAAGCGCCAUGUGGCCGAGGCGGACCUGCGCGAAGCGAAGGAAGAGCUGAAGCAUGCGGUCGACGACCUGAGGGUUUUGAGGACGCUGUUAGAGGAGAGGAUCGGGAAGGGGAAGGAGAUGGAGGCGGAGGUUCGCUAUUUGAAGAGGGCACUAGAGGCGAGUAAGGUCUCGACCGUGGAGGUAAAGGAAGUGGACGUUCGAACGCAACCUCCCACUGCUGGACGUCCGAAGUCGACUCUGGGAUUUCGUUUAGGGAGAAACAGUGGAUAGUGUCACGCAGUUUGUGAUCAUCAGAUAUCACUCGCAGCACUUGGGAAGGCUUCAAAAUCACACCCGCCAGGCGCCGGUAUCUUACUGCGAUAUCCUAACUAAUACCUUCUCAAUACUAAGAGAUUGUACUACCUGUUAAUAAUUUCUGCAUUUUGUGGGAGACAUGGCGUACUACAAUACAAGCGAUCGACUAGGUUUCAUUAAA